AUGUUACCACUUCAGUUUAUGUUUAGAUUGAAUCCUCUUCAAUAUACGGAAGAAUUCCUUAAUAUAGGAAUUGAAUUAAUUAGUACCGUUAAACCGACAUAUCAAGCGAUCCAAACAACAAAUCAAAGCGAGGAGGAAGCAGUUGAAAAUGAUCACCCGAAAGUGGUUACGUCGAUACCUCAAAUCCUAACAUCCAAACAUUAUAGACCCGUAAUGAUUUAUAUUUUCAAGAUAUCAUUAUUAUUUGCGAUUGGUAUUUGUACACCAGGAUAUAUUUGGUACAUUGCAGUAAAUUUAACCACCAUGGCCAAAUUAACCGCGAUAUUUAACACAUCAUGUUUUUGGGCUUAUGUAUUUUCGAUCAUUUUAUUGAAUGAAUCAAUUCGAAUAGAAAAAGUUUUUGCCGUAUGUUUAAGUAUCACGGGGGUGGCGGUCAUGGCAUUGUCUAUUCCGAAUAAUGAAAAAGACCAAGAAAACGCAAACAUUAUUGAAGUUGGAGAUUUUAUUGCGUGUUUUGGAGCACUUUUUUAUGGAUUAUAUGAAGUCCUUUAUAAGAAGUUGGGAAGUCCUCCAACAACUUCGUUUUUAUUUGCAAAUACAAUAACGGGAUUAAUAGGAUUAUGUACUCUCUUGUUUCUUUGGAUACCUAUACCGAUCUUGCAUUAUUCGGGUAUUGAAACAUUUGAAUUGCCUGAUCCAGAAACGUUUGGCUUUAUCAUUUCAAUUGCUAUAGCCGGAGUAUUUUUUAAUGCUAGCUUUAUGUUGUUAAUAGCAUUGACUUCUCCGUUAUUUGCGGCUGUUGGAAUUAUGUUAACCAUCCCAAUCGUUGCUUUAGUUGAUUUGCUUAUUACUAAUACUCCCAUAGGUGUAAAUACUAUUAUUGGUAAUCUCUGUAUAUUUUUAGCCUUUUUAUUAUUAAGUUGGACAAACAUCAUUGACAAAAUUAGAUCCAUUUAA